GUCACCGGCCCUUGGUGCAAUUGAUGCUACUCAAGGCCUCCAAUGCACCAACUGCAUCUGCGCUGGCGGCCGCGGCCGCAGUGCGUGCGGUGCAAACUGCGACGCAGCUACCAAAUGCUGUUGCAGAAGCGAGCGCAGGCACACCUUUGGAGCGGCUGGCUACCUCCAGUAUGGCUGCAACGGCGCCAUCACCUGGGACGAAGGGCCCAAGGGCGCCGGAGUUCUUCUCUAUUGCUGACAAAGAUGAUGACUCUCCACCCACAAGCCCAAGAAAUUUCAACACCAUUCCGCUAGACGGAUCCGCUCGGUCUGGCGAGGUCGGUGAAAGGCCAUUGGAGAAGCUGAUUUCCAAGGGAGGCCUUACUGAAAAGGAAUUGCGGGAUUUCGAAGAGAUCCAAGCAUCCUUUGACCAGUUCAGAGCUCGCCAGACUGAGGUGGAGCGCUCCGUGAACCAUCUUUUGCAGCGGUUGAACCGCCGGAUCCAGGUGCCCAGUUCGGUGGCCUCCUCCGAGUGCGGCGAUGCCUCGGAUGCCGACUCCUUGGGGCGAACGGAGGAUGGUUUGAGUUUCUUGGACAGCUGCUUGGGAUCAAGGCCUGGCACUCCGUUGAGUGCCAAUUCGCCACUGGAGUCUCCAAGAGACAGGAUAUCUCUACCACUUGGUUUACCCUCGAUGCCAUCAAUGCCCUCCAUCCCGGCCAGCGGAAGUGGUUUGAAUGAUGGGGCCCGACGCUUUGAUGGCACCAAUCCUAGGGGCAGUGAAAGUGGUGAUCUGCGUCCAAGCAGAGCAGCACCCGUCAUGGCGGACAAAGAAGCCAAAGCCUGGGUUCAGGAAGACCUGCAGCAAGAAGUGAAGAGCCUAGCAGCGCCAGGCUGGCAACAGCCUGAGGAAGACCUGCAGCAAGAAGUGAAGAGCCUAGCAGCGCCCAGCUGGCAACAGCCUGAGGAAGACCUGCAGCAAGAAGUGAAGAGCCUAGCAGCGCCCAGCUGGCAACAGCCUGAGGCUGUUUCGACAGCUCUUGCUGAAUCCAGCAGAGAAGGAGUUGAGGAGUUGGAAGGGGCUGGAACUGAACAGACGGUGCCGCGGCGGACUGCUUGGCCCCUUCUGGAGACCAGCGGCUCUGAGCAAGUUCAAGAGGUGGCACCCCAUGAAACCAGACUGGCGAGCUCCCCUGGUGGCUCGAUCUCGCCCAGCAGUCCCGUUCCUGCACAUACCGAGCACGACAGGUUGCCACAGUUUGGAAGUCCUGGGGUCUGCGACGAGACCGACGCCGAGGAACCUGACUUGGCCAACUGGUAUGGAUGGACUGUGGUGGCAACAGCAGAGGGCCGGCUCUUCUUCUUCCAUCAGGUCCGGCAGCAAUCGCAGUGGCACCAGCCAGCGGAACUCAAUCCCAUUCUGGGCGUGUGGAAGGAGGCUCGUGAUGAGCAAGGAUCGCAUGUGACCUUUUGGAGGAAUGACCUCUUGCGAAUCUCGCUGUGGAAGGAUCCCAGGGAGACGUCCAACAUCUUCCAGGCGGCGAUGGAUGGAAACCUCUUCUUCCUGAAACUCUACAGCCAGGUCAGUGGAGACUUGGAUUGUACUGAUCACAGGAAAUGUAGUGCCUUACACUACGCCUGUGCGGGGGGGUCUGCCCCCAGCACCCUCUUUUUGCUGCAGCAGAGAGCCAUGGUUGAUCGUGGAGAUGUCACAUCCACAACUCCCUUGAUGCUAGCGUGCCGCUAUGGAUAUGCUGGCGUUCUAAAGGUUCUUCUGGAUGCACAGGCAAAUCCCUGCAUCGCGGAUCAUCAAGGACAAGCUCCGCUGCAUCAGGCCGCGGAUCUGGGACAACUGGAUUGCUUGCACCUCUUGCUGCUUUGCGGAGCACAGGCUCAGCAAAGGAACUAUCAAGGUGAGACAGCGCUAGACAUUGCCCAGAGAAAGAGGCAUUUGAACUGUCUGACUCUGCUGCGUCGGCAUGACCAGUUCGCGGAGCACGACAGGCCUCCGAUGAGUCAGGGACCCUAUGAUUUUUCGGAGUCGAAAUCUGCAACGGACAAGGCAGCUGGCUUGACGCCAUGGGCAGCUGACGAAACUGAGUCCGCUCCGUGGGUUUCUGCAUACCAAGAGGUGGCAGCCAAUGAUUUGAUUGGCUUCCCUGACAGGUAUCCCAGAUAUCCUGAGAUCGAGGCAGAUUCAAGCAGUGACAAUUCGGACCAGUACACAGAAGCCACAGACACUCCACGGCACUACAGGCCAGAAGCUGGACUUCUCAGUACGUUGCGCCGCAGGUUGUUUCCUAUCCAAGCUGACCUAGGACUCCCCAAUAGGUUCCGCUUCAACAAAGCCACGCAGCAAUGGGAGCUUCCGUCUGGAGAGGCUGAUGUCUAUGAGCUGAGCAGAUGCUGAGUUUGGCUCCAGUGGGCGGCUGCUGGUUUGUGUAAGGGUUCGUCCAAAAAUGGGCUGCAC